AUGGCGUCGCGAGUGCUGCACGCCCGCGGAGCGGCCUCGGCCGGCGGCCUCCUACGGCGGGCCGCCCCCUGCAGCCUCCGGUCCGUGCUCCGGGGGUUGACGUCUUCCAGUCACAGACCUCGAGAAGACAGCUGGUUAAAAUCCUUAUUUGUCCGGAAAGUUGAUCCAAGGAAAGAUGCUCACUCUAACCUCCUAGCCAAAAGGGAAACGAGCAGUCUGUACAAAAUACAGUUUCACAAUGUUAAACCGGAAUGCCUAGACGCAUACAACAAAAUUUGUCAAGAGGUGUUGCCAAAGAUUCAUGAAGAUAAACAUUACCCUUGUACUUUGGUGGGGACUUGGAACACGUGGUAUGGCGAGCAGGAUCAAGCUGUCCACCUCUGGAGGUACGAAGGAGGCUAUCCCGCCCUCACCGAGGUCAUGAGUAAACUCAGAGAAAAUCAGGAAUUUUUGCAAUUCCGGAAGGCAAGAAGCAACAUGCUUCUUUCUAGGAAGAAUCAACUGCUGUUAGAAUUCAGUUUCUGGAAUGAGCCUCUUCCACGGCCAGGACCUAAUAUAUAUGAACUCAGAUCUUACCAACUUCGACCAGGAACUAUGAUUGAAUGGGGCAAUUACUGGGCUCGUGCAAUCCGCUUCAGACAGGACGGUGAUGAAGCUGUUGGAGGAUUCUUCUCUCAGAUUGGGCAGUUAUACAUGGUGCAUCAUCUUUGGGCUUACAAGGACCUUCAGACGAGGGAAGACAUACGGAACGCAGCGUGGCAUAAACACGGCUGGGAAGAAUUGGUGUAUUACACAGUUCCACUCAUUCAGGAAAUGGAAUCCAGGAUCAUGAUCCCACAGAAGACCUCACCCCUCCAGUAA